AAGUCUAAGUUAACUUCAAUUUCAUGUUUCAUAGCUGAAGUAGAAACUGCCAAGAGGGAUAUUGUGUUUCUGGUUGAUGGCUCAGAUGACAGUAGAAUCGGAUUCCCGGCAAUGCAUCAGUUUAUGUAUAAUUUGGUGGAAGACUUAAGUGUGGAGGGCGCCAAAGACCACAUAGCUGUGGUUCAGUAUAGCAAUGAGCCUGAAGUCGAUUUCUAUCUGAAUGCCCACACAGCUAAGGAUGAUGUCCUACGUGCCAUACAAGGCCUUAGGCAUAAGGGAGGCAGGCCCCUCAACACUGGCGCAGCCCUGAACUUUGUGAAGGACACGGUUUUUACCUCUUCUGCUGGCAGCAAACAUCUUCAUGGUGCGGCACAGGUCUUGAUCUUGCUGCUGGCUGGGAGGUCAGCAGAUGAUGCCAGCUUGCCGGCAAGUUCUGUUAAACAUCGCGGAGUGGUACCUUUAGCCAUUGGCGUGAAAAAUGCAGAAAUUGGUGAAUUACAAGCCAUUUCAUUCGAUCCAUCCUAUGCAUUAUUCAUUCCUAAUUUUGGUGACCUUUCUACAAUCAAGGAACAAAUAUUGUCCUCAAUGGCCCAAGUGACUGGUCUAAGAAGACCAGAGUCACCAACUGUCUUAGGUACGUAUGGUGAUAUGACUAGUGACAUAGAAGUAAGGGCAGUUGAACAAGAAGUGACAAAACGAGAUGUUGUGUUUCUGCUUGAUGACUCUGAUGAUUCGAGGGAUGACUUUCCUCAGGUCCAGCAAUUUGUUGAAUCGUUUGUAGAGAAUCUGAAUGUGGGAAGCAGCAAAGACCGCGUGGCGGUGGUGCAGUACAGCAACGAGCCCACUAGCACAUUUGACCUAAAUUCCUAUUCUACCAAAGAAGAGAUUGUUAGCGCCAUACGAGGCAUGCUACACAAGGGCGGCAGAGAGCGGAACACUGGCGCAGCGCUGCACUUUGUUAAGGACUUUGUCUUUACUCCUGCUGCAGGGAGAUGA